UCACAAUUUAAGGAUAUGAGUGAAGAUGUUUUUUCUUUUCUAAAAGGGAGUACUGUGGACACCAAAAGUCUGCAUGUGACCAAGGCGGCUGUUCAGGUCAGGGCAGUCAGCAGCCGUCUCUCCACUCUGACAGCAGAAAGCAGCAAACAUCAGGAUCCACUCUCCAGGAUGAAGAAGAAAUUGAUCCUCGACGUGGACACAGGGGUUGAUGAUGCUCAGUCCAUCAUGGUGGCCUUGGCGGACCCUGAUGUGGAGGUUUUGGGGAUCACAUGCUGCCAUGGCAACACAACCCUGGAGAAUGUCCUCAAGAACACACUGCGUGUCCUGAAAGUCUGCAACAGGCUGGAUAUCCCAGUGUACCGUGGUUGUUCAGUGCCACUACUGGCCCGUAAACAACAUGCAGGAGAUUACCACGGGAAGGACGGGCUGGGCGAUGUCCCGGAUCCAGACGCUCCAGGCCUAGAGCUGCUGCAGAAGAAGAAAGCUGUGCAGGCCUUGAUCAAGAUUGUGAAAGAGAACCCUGGAGAGGUGACUCUCGUGGCCACGGCUCCCCUCACUAACCUGGCUGUUGCAGUGCAACUGGACCCUUCCAUCUCUAAGAAACUGAAGGCGCUCUACAUCAUGGGUGGAAACAUUGAGUCCAGGGGUAACACCACAGUGUGUGGAGAGUUUAACUUUGUGGCUGACCCUGAGGCUGCCUACGUUGUGCUGGACCGCUACACCUGUCCCACCUAUAUCGCCACCUGGGAGUUCACCUGCAGGAACAGCCUGCCAUGGGCUUUCUGUGACCAGUUGCUGGACCAAAAAACUGAGAAGGCCGCCUUCAUGAAAGAUAUUUCAGCCCUUUCGAGGAAGAAAGCCAAUUCAGCAGAAUAUCAAAAGGAGGUCACUGAAGGAAAAGGGUUCAAUGCCUGUGACACCUACGCCAUGGCUGCCGCCGUCAAUGAUUCAUUAAUAACAGAGUCUGAGGAGCUUGCAGUGACAGUGGAGUUGGAAGGGAACUACGCCCGAGGCAUGAUGGUGCUGGACUACAUGCAACUGCUGAAGAAGAAAAACAAGGCUUUCAUCAUAAAGAAGGUUGACUUGGAGAAGUUCAAGCAAAUGUUAAUGAAUUCAUUGAAGUAGAGUGAUACUGUAACAAGGUGAAGGCAUGGAUUUGCUCCCCAAAAACAAAUAAAAAUGGUGUGUGAAAACACAAUAUUACACAAUA